AUGGCAGGAUUAUUAGAUGGUAAAUUAUUGAAACAACUUGGAAGUAAUAUAGAAAUGGAUUUAGAAGAUAAAAUUGAAGAUGAAAUUGAAGAAGAUGCGACCAAUUUUAUUGAAGAAUUAGAAAGGAUUGGAGAAGAAGAAAUAAUUCAUAUAAUUAAACCAAAAAGGAAAAAUGAAGAAAAGAAAAGUAAAAAAAUAAUAAAAAAAAUAGAAAAAGAAGAAGAAAUUCUUGGAGAAUUUAAAUCAAAAGAAAGAAAAAGAAAUAAUAGAGUAAAUGCAAAUAGAAAUGAUUAUGGAAAUGAAGGUUUUUUAUUAAUGAUAUUAUAUUAUUUAGGAUGUUAUAUUACAUUAAGUAAAUUACAAAAAGAUGGAAAACAUCAAAAAUUAAAAAUUGUUGAAGUUGGAUUUGAAGAUAAAAUUUUAUUAUCUCGUAAAGAAGUUGAAGAUAAUAUUGAAAAAAUUGAUUUUCCAGUAGGAACUAAUUUAAAAAGGGCAAAAAGAAUUAUUACAUCAACAAAUAUUGAUAAUGGAUUACUUGAUAUUAUUAAAAAUUUCUUUGGAUUUCAAUUUAAAGAAGAAGUAAAAAAGAAACCAGAAAAAGAUUAUAUGCCAGAACGUAGAGUCAUUGAAUCUAUUCACUUAAAAAAAGAAUGGAAUAAAAAAGAAAUUAUUAAUGAAGGAGUUUUAUUUUAUGAAAAUAUUAAAUUAUUUAGUGGGAAAAAUAAAACUAUUCAUCUUUCUAUUGAUGAAGUAACAAAAUCUCUUCAUGAAUCUCUUAUUAAUGACUCAAUCCCUCCUGACAAAUCUAGUAUUUCAAAUUCAACUCAAAUUUUAUCAUUGAAUUCUUGCGAUGAAUCUGACUGUCAUUCUAAACCUAUCUAA